AGUCACAGUCACUGAGACCGAAGGCUUUUGAUUUUCAUUCUCUUUCAUUCCCCAUAGGAGCGGGGCCCACAUUGGAAAUGGAACGACGUCGUGCGAUGGAGCGAGCGAGCGAGCGAGAGAGAGAGGAAGACAACUGUGCUGUCCGUUGCACGUUUUGAAAUUCAAAUCUCAGAAAAACGGCACACACUACACAACCCCACAACCACUCACUCAAAUCAAAACAACCCACUCUCACUCAUCAUUACAUUAAACUCUGUCUCUGUCUCUCUCUCCAACAUCAUUCACUUCAUUAUUGCACCCUUCAGUUUCUACUCACUACUCUUAACUCAACCCAACACAAAACUACUACUAUCUCUCUUCAUUUAGUUUAUCAAUUCUAUCUCCCCUUUCAAAGAAAGUCACCUAAAGUUCGCAUCUUCAACACCGCCAGAACCAAAAAUGGGUGCAUCUGGAAAAUGGGUAAAAGCAUUAAUCGGACUCAACAACAAGAACGACCUCGGUGGGAAGAAGAAGAAGUGGAGGCUGUGGAAGAUUUCUUCUGCAGGGGAAAACAGAUCUCAAGACUACGACUACGCUAGCGUGGCUUCGGAUUCUUUCAAUGCUGCGGUGGCCACUGUGGUCAGAGCUCCGCCCAAGGAUUUCAAACUACUCAAGCAAGAAUGGGCCGCCACCCGAAUCCAAACCGCUUUCCGCGCCUUCUUGGCAAGAAGGGCACUGAGGGCAUUGAAGGGAGUGGUGAGACUUCAAGCUCUUGUACGAGGUAGACUCGUGAGGAAGCAGGCUGCGGUCACAUUGAGGUGCAUGCAGGCCUUGGUUCGUGUCCAGGCUCGUGUAAGAGCUCGGCGCGUGCGAAUGUCUAUUGAGGGCCAAGCAGUGCAGAACAUGCUCAAUGAACGCCGCACCAAGGCUGAACUCAUCAAACAAGCUGAGGAAGGCUGGUGUGAUAGCAAAGGAUCAUUGGAAGAUGUCAAGACAAAAUUACAGAUGAGGCAAGAAGGAGCUUUCAAGAGGGAGAGAGCAAUUGCAUACUCUCUUGCCCACAAGCAAUGGAGAUCAACCCCCAUCUCUAAUUCAAGAGCAAAUGCCACUCUCAACAAUCAGGAUACGGACAAGGCAAACUGGGGAUGGAGUUGGUUGGAACGUUGGAUGGCAGCUAAGCCAUGGGAGAGUAGAUUAAUGGAACAAACCCAUCAUGCUAAUGCCACAGAGAAGACCCCUCCUCCUCCGCCAAAGAAAUGUGUUGACUCCUCAAAUUCAAAAACAUCAGAACCAUGCAAUGUCAAAAUCAGAAAGAACAAUGUCAGCACAAGGAUCUCUGCUAGACCUCCCCUUAUUUGGCAAGCUAAUCAUUUGUCCUCAAGUCCAAGUUCCGAGUUUCACUAUGAUGAGAGCUCUAAUUCAUCCUCAAUAUGCACUUCUACAACGCCAAUAUCUGGGAGUGCUGCAUUGCCCUGUGACAGGACAGAGGAUACUAACAACACAAGGCCUAGUUACAUGAACCUCACCGAGUCAACCAAGGCGAAGCAGAAAACCAACAACCAUCAAUACAAUAGAUCUCAUAGGCAGCAGUCCAUGGAUGAGUUCCAGUUUCUCAAAAGAACAGCGGUUUUCUCUAAUGGUGCUUCUGACCCUUCAACCAACUUCUGUAGGCCUCUUUACCUACCAACCUACAUGGAUAAGAGGUCACAGUGAAAGGGUCUUGAUUCAAUUGAUUGAUCCUCUCUGUUGUAUUUAUUUUCAAGAAGUUCAACACUUCAACAUCUUGUUGUUCAAUGGUCUGUUAAUUGAAUUACAACUGUAGCAGUGGUGUUUGUGCUUUCCCUAAGCAAUUCUACUUUAGGGGGAUUUGUAUAAUCAAUUGUUAAUUUUUCAUGGGUAUCAUGAUA